AUGUCCAAGUCAUUCUCCAUCUUAGGUAAAGGCCUCAAAGCCAAUACGGCUGAUGAUCUCCAACCUUACCUGUCAGAGUUGGAGCAGAUGGAGGAUGUAGAAGAAGUUCAUUUCGGUGCGAAUUCCUUGGGUGUAGAGGCUUGUCAGGCUAUUGCUGAGGUGUUCAAGGGGAAGAAGAACUUGAAGGUGGUAGACCUCGCCGACAUCUUCACCGGUCGACUGAUCUCCGAGAUCCCCCAAGCCCUUUCCGCCCUCUGUGAUGCCCUAUCCUCAUCCACCUCGUUGGUCGAAUUGGACUUAUCCGAUAACGCUUUCGGUGGUCGAUGCGCAGAUGCCAUGGUACCCUUUCUGGAAAACAACACUCAUUUCAGUAUAUUCAAAUUGAACAAUAAUGGUCUGGGUCCAAUCGGAGGAUCAAUCAUUGCCAAAGCUCUUAUAGCAAAUGGAGAGAAGUGCGAAAAGGAAGGUAAAGAAUCUAAUUUGAGGGUAUUAGUAUGUGGACGAAAUAGAUUAGAAAAUGGUUCAUCAAAAGAUUGGAAAGAGGCGUUUGCCAAGCACCGUGGGUUGAAGGAGGUUAAGAUGCCCCAGAAUGGAAUAAGGAUGGAAGGUAUCAAGAACCUUUCUGAAGGUUUGAGUCAUUGUGAAGGAUUGGAGGUUUUGGAUUUACAAGAUAACACUUCGACUAAAAUUGGUACUCGAGCUAUUGUCAAGCAUUUACCAACAUGGAAAAAUCUCAAAGUUUUGAAUCUCUCUGAUUGUUUGUUAGGUAAAUCUGGUGGAAUUGCUUUGAUGAAUAGUUUAAGAGAUGGUACGAAUACGGAAUUGGAAGUGUUGAAAUUACAAUAUAACGAAUUGGAUAAAACUUCAAUUGAAAUUUUGUCUGUGGCUAUAACCCAACAUUUGAAAGGUUUGAAGGAAUUGGAAUUGAAUGGGAAUAGGUUUGCGGAAGAUGAUGAUUGUGUGGAAGAGCUGAAGAAGGCUUUGGAAGUUUGGGGUAAUGAAGAUGCUUUGGAUGAACUCGAUGAUAUGGAGGAACCUGAAUCAGGUGAAGAGGAAGAAGGAUCCGAAGAAGAAGUAGAGUCCGAAGAUGAAGAGGAGAAAGAAGAGUUAGCUAAAGAAGAAGUUGAUGGAACUGCGAAAUUACCUCCUGUCACUGAUAAGCAGACUGACGACCUCGCCGAUAUGCUUGCUGGUGCGCAUAUCGAAGCUAAAUAA